GAAGGGAGGACUGGAGUAACGAUCUCGAGUAUCCGGCACUCAAUUCGAGACGGUGCCUCGCUGCUUCCUGCAUCGCCACCUCGCUCUCGACCUGCCCCCUGCCCACUCCCGCACCACCUGCCACCAUGGCUUCCCUAGGCAGGCAGCACGAGCAGGAGUGUCCGGAUCCCGUGGAGCUGUCGGUGCAGGGCUCCGUGCCCGGGUGGCUUCGUGGCUGUCUCAUCCGCAACGGCCCCGGCCGCCACUGCGUGGGGCCCUCCUGCUACCAGCACUGGUUCGACGGCCUGGCGCUCCUGCGAAAGUUUCGCUUCUGCGACGGCCGCGUGUGGUUCUCGAGCCGCUACCUGCAGAGCGACACCUACAAGAAGAACGUGGCGGCCAAUCGCAUUGUGGUGCCGGAGUUCGGCACCAGGGUGGAGCUCGACCCCAGCCUGGGCCUCCUGGAGAAGUCGAUGACCUAUCUCAGGAACAUCGUGCCCGACAACACGGACAACUGUCUCAUCAACGUGGUGCGGUACGGGCAGGACGUGUACGCGUGCACCGAGACGACGGUCAUGCGGCGCCUCGACCCCGACACCCUCGACACCCUGGACAAGGUGGACAUGGCCAAGUUCCUGACCGCGACCCUGAUGAGCGCUCACCCGCACUACGAGGCGGACGGCUCCAUCGUCAACAUCUGCACGGCCAUUGCCGACAAGGGCAAGACCAAGUACUGCCUCUUCACCGUGCCGCCCACUCUGCCCGGCAACGAGCCGUGCGCGGGGCUGCGCGGCGCCCGCCACGUGCUCUCGGUGCCGUCCCGGCAGCGCCUGAGCCCCAGCUACGUGCACAGCUUCGGGCUGAGCGCGCGCCGCGCCGUGCUGCUCGAGACGCCGCACGUGAUGGACGUGACGCGCAUUCUCUCCGCCUACGUGCGCGGCGCGUGCAUGGCAAGCUGCCUCUCCUUCCAGCCGGACGGCAAGACCUACAUCCACGUGCUGGACCGCUCGGGGUCGGAUCGCGGUGCCCAGGCACCCCAGUACUACGCGGGGCCCAUGGUGGUCUACCACCACGCCAACGCCUACGAGGACGACGAGGGCCAAAACCUCGUGGUAGACGUGAUGGCCUACAGCACGGAUCAACUCUACUCCGCCUUCUUCUUCAGGGGGCCCAACGCAGUGGUCGGGAACACCGGGGGGCCCCCCAUCUCCUCCAGGGGCUUGCGCUACGUGCUCCCGCUGGGCCCGCGACAGGGAGCGGAGCUGGGAUCGAACCUGGUGACGAUGAGCGGAACCACGGCCCAGGCGCUGCUGCAGAAGAAGGGAAAGAUCGAAUGCAUCCCCGAGGAACUCUUCCCUGACAUUGACCUUCCCUGCAUCAACCCCCGCUACCGUGGGAAGAAGUACCGGUACCUGUUCGCGAUCCAGUUUGACGGCGGAAUCACCAGCAAAAGAAUGGUGAAGCUGGACCUGGAGACUCGCGAGACGCGGCUCUGGGAGGCGGACAACGGGUGGUGCGGGGAGCCCGUGUUCGUGGCCAGCCCCGACGCCUCAGCGGAGGAUGACGGCGUGCUGCUGUGCGUGACGGCGUCGCACGACACUGCGCGGGGUGUGGACAUCGUGGUGAUCGACGCUCGCGAGAUGAAGGAGCUGGGCCGCGCUCGCACCCCCUCCUUGCUGCCGAUGGACAUGCACGGCAUCUUCAUCCCCGACCACUCGGCCUAGCGACCACUCCUCCCCCUGCCUGCCUCGCUCAGUACGACUGCAGCACCAAGCAACAACCAUUCGCUAGGCG